AUGGCUGUCGUGAGUGGAACGUUCCGUAUGGUGUCGGAGGAGGAGCAGGCUCUCAGGGCCAAGCUUGAGCGCCUCACGGUCAAGGACCACGGUCCCGUGUUCGGACCCUGCGCCAAGCUGCCUGACCACACAGUGCAGAAGGCCAAGGAUGAGUUGAAUGAGACAGACGAGAAGCGGGCGUUGGCGGUCAAGGAGCUGAGGGGAAUAAUCAAGGAAACGGCGGAUGCUGGGGACGACCUGGCCAAGGGGGUGCUGGAAACCUUCAGAGAGAAGCCUGACGGCAUGCUGGUCCGCUUCAUCCGCGCCAGGAAAUACGACGUGCCCCGAGCAUUUGACCUCAUGAAGGGUUACGUGCGCUUCAGGAGAGACUACCCUGAGCUGUUUGAGAACCUGACCCCCGAGGCUGUCCGCAGCACCAUCGAGGCCGGCUACCCAGGCAUCCUGUCCAGCAGAGACAAGUACGGCCGCAUCGUGCUGCUCUUCAACAUCGAGAACUGGGACUACGAAGAGAUCACCUUCGACGAGAUCCUCCGUGCCUACUGUGUAAUCCUGGAGAAGUUGCUAGAGAACGAGGAGACUCAGAUCAACGGUUUCUGCAUCAUUGAGAACUUCAAGGGCUUCACCAUGCAGCAGGCCUCCGGCAUCAAACCCACUGAGCUCAAGAAGAUGGUGGACAUGUUGCAGGACUCCUUCCCUGCCCGUUUCAAAGCGGUCCAUUUCAUCCACCAGCCCUGGUACUUCACCACCACCUACAACGUGGUCAAGCCACUCAUGAAGGGCAAGCUGCUGGAGAGAGUGUUUGUCCACGGAGACGAGCUGGACAACUACUACAAGGAGUUUGACGCCGACAUCCUGCCUUCCGAGUUCAACGGCAAGAACUCCAAGUACGACGGCAAAGCCAUAGCAGCCAAGCUGUUCGACUGA